AUGCCACGGACAUACGCAACUUCUGCGGCGAUCAUUGCCAUCUGCAUUCUCUUCCCAGUGCUGGGAAAUCUGACGGUGCUCGGAACUCUGACGGUGCUCCUCCGCUUCUAUGCAAGAAGGAGAUCAAGGGUAGUGCUAUGGGUUGACGACUGGUUGACGCUGCCCGCGCCGCUCAUGGAAUAUAUCCUGGCGGCGCUGUUGAUCUGGGGAGCGACAACGGGGCCUUUGGGAGGUCUCCUCCCUCGUCCGACUGUCCCAGGUCCAGACGGCUAUCUAUAUUCUACCUCAGACCAACAGAUCAGACUGCAGCAGAUCCAGUACUUUGCCGACAUAGCGGCCAUUUUAGCAUUCCGCUUCACCAAGCUCACCAUUCUAUACUUCUACCGCAGUAUACUCUGUAGCAGACGGACCACAAAGACGCUAUUCCACACUGUUACGAUGUUUAUGAUAGCGCUUGUCAUUUUCUGGACUCUCGCAUUUGGAUUUGGCGCACUUUUCCUCUGCGGCGCCCACUCUGAGAACGCGUGGGCGCCCGUAGCGGUUGUCGCAGAAAAGUGCAGUGCACAGCUUCCGCUUCUCGAGGGAUACGCCAUCUCUGAUUUCAUUGUGGACGUUUUCAUAUGGCUGCUACCACUACCACGGAUAUGGGCCUUGCAGAUGUCAGUCCGCCAGAAACUAGUGCUGGUUUUGAUCUUCCUUGUUGAUUUCUUGGCAAUCGGUGCUUCUGCUGCCCGAAUGACCAUCUAUAUCAUGAAAAUCGUGAACGCGUUCGCCCAGUCAGACGGAGAAAGUAUGAAAGCCCUGGGGCGACAGAUUUGCGUGACGGAUGAGGUGGAGUUACACUACCUAAGCAGGACUUGGCUGCGGAUCACACUCAGCUGGCUGCUGUUGACGCGUGGUCUGAUUAAGGCGAUAUGA